AUGAACAUCGAAGUUGCCCUGCAGAAACAAUUUGAGCUUUCCCGGACUCUUAACAAUAAUGUUAAUGUUGCACAGACUGCGUCAAAACAACUUACACUACAGCUAAAGAAAAUUAAACAAGAUAAUCAAGAUGCUAACUUGAGAUCAAUGUCAAAUAACAAUGCUAACGUAAUCAAUAAUUAUAGCUUAAAUAGUUAUAGAACUUUGAAGGGUCAUUUCGAUAAAAUCUCAAGUUGUGCGUGGUAUCCUGAUAGCAAGCACCUCAUAAGUUCGUCACAAGAUGGAUAUCUACUAGUUUGGGAUACAGUAAAAGGACUAAAAAAUAACUUGGUUGAAUUGGAUGACCCGUAUGUUAUGGGGUGUGACGUAAGCCAUGAUGGUAAACUGGUUGCAACAGGCGGGUUGGAUAACUCAUGCAUUGUUCACAAGUUAGGCACAGAUAUAAAGAAUGAAAGCAACAAUGGUGGUUUGUUGUCAAUUUUGCGAGAUCAUAAAGAAUACAUAUCCGACUUGUCAUUUUUGCCUAAAUCAUCUACACAAUUAAUCACCUCAAGUGGAGACAAAAGUUGUAUUUUAUGGGACACUUCAAAAGGAGGAUAUGUUCGUCAUUUUUAUGGGCAUUUAGGGGAUGUCUUAUCCUUAAGUGUUAAUAAAAAUGAUAUGAACAAUUCCAAUCCUAAUUUAUUUGUAACUUCGUCUAGUGAUAAAUUAGCAAUGCUUUGGGAUAUCAGGGAUCCGUUGGCCAGUAGGAAAUACUUGGUUAAUUCAAAGUUUGACUCGAGUGAAAUUGAAUUUUUCCCUGAUGGUAAUUGCUUUGCAUGUGGGUGUGAUAAUGGAUCAAUCAAGUUUUUCGACAUACGUUGUGAUGGUGAGCUAUCAAACUACGAAAUUGAUAAGGUUAGGAAACAGAUCAACGAUUCCAAUUUACAAGCUACCAUACCAACAUAUGUUAAUUAUGACGUUUCGAGCAAUAAUUCCAUUUCAAAUACGUUUGAUGAUCGAAACUCAACUUCAAUGAGGUCUUUACACAGUAACAUCCAAGCUUCGAUAGACAAUCCCGGGGUCUUGUCGCUAGACUUCUCUAAAAGUGGAAGGCUGAUGUUCACAUCAUAUGCCGAAUCGACUUGUAUUUUUGUAUGGGACACAAUAACGGGCGAAAUUCUCAAUACCUUACAAGGUCAUAAUGGAGUCGUUAGCAAAGUCAAAAUAUCUUCCGAUGGUUUGGGAGUUGCAACUGCUAGUAGAGAUGGAACAGUCAAAAUAUGGUCUGUUUAG